ACUCCUCCUCCUGCCACGGCGCCCCAACCAAUCCUCCCUCGCCCACCCCUUGGCACCGCGGCCCACACCCACGGCCCCCUUAGUCGCCGUCGCCUCGGAAUUUGGGCGGUGAAUUUGUUUUUUUAUCUUUUACUUUUGGAAUUCUUUUGUGAUUUUGUUUGGAUGAAAAAGUGCUUUUCUUGGCCUUCAAAUGUCCUGUUUGUUAACUGCUGCCCCUCUUCUUUGCUGUAGUUAGAUUGAUAAGUUUGAAGGGCCAUUUUUAUUUGGGUCUGUAAGGGAAGAAUUAAGUCAGUCUUAACAUUUUUAAACUUUUCAGGUGAAUAGCUUGUUAGGGUUCACAAUGGUGGGUGCAUCUUCUGCACAAACUUCGCUUAAAGAUUACCUGAAAAAGUACACGACUCAGGAUGAUGAGGAGAAGAAAAAGAAGAAGAAAAGGAGAAAAUUUAAACCUGAUGCUGGUGGAAUUCUUGUGGUGGAUGAAGAUCCCAUUUGGCAGAAGCCGGUUAAACUCGAUGAAGAAGAACAAAAUUCAGCAGAUGAAGAGACGCCUCAAGUUGAUGAAGAUAUUGAAGUCAAGCGCAUGAGGAGAUUGGAGCAACUGAGGUCUAGACGCCCUUUUGGUGCAAUUUCUGAGGAUGGAAGUGGCUGGGUGUCGGUGUCCGAUGCUCCUAAUAAUGUGAAACCAGAAUACCAAAAUUCUGAUAUUUCUCCACCUCGCAAGAGGAGGCUACGGAAUGAUACUCCGUCUCCAAGACCUGAACAACAAUGCGAUGUUCCAGCAGAGGCUGAUUUGUCUCCACCACGACAGUCCCGCAAGCAUUGCCAGAGUCCUCCUCCAAAUGACACAAGAACAUCCCCGUCUCAUGGUGGUCGGACUGCGCGGUUUGAUACACCUUCACCUGAGUCAUAUGUGGAAGCUUCAGCAUCUGAUAGAGUCACAGAUUUGUCCCCACUUCGACGGCAACGAAGAGAUAAGGAUGAGUCACCUAAACCUGAUAGAAUACCUUCACAUCCUAAGGCCGCGGAUUCAGAUAUUUCUCCUCCUCGACGCGGUCAUCAUGGCUCUAGAUAUCAGAAUGAUACACGUGCGUCUUCGAAAGCAGAUCUUUCUCCUCCUAGGAAGGUCAAGAAUGAUAGAUCAGGUUCCAUUGUCUCUGCAAGGAAGUCAAUUCGCGACUUGGAUGACUAUGACACAGUUGACCCCGGUCCUUCAGUGUCUGACCUUUCUCCUCCGAGGAAGAGGCGGAAAGAAUCACCAGUUUUGAUACAUCGACCGAAAACUGGAUUAGUUUCUGGUGCAGAUAUUAAAGAUGAUAAUGAUAAAAAGAAAAAAGAAGACUGGUUGAGGUUUAAAGAGAUGGAUCCUUCCAUGAAACCUAUAUACCGCAAUAAGACAACUGGGGAACGUAUGUCAAAGGAGGAGUUUCUGAAGUCUCAGAAGAAAGAAUUGAAGAAAGAAGAGAAGCCCAAGGAAAUAAAACUGGAAUGGGGCAAAGGGCUGGCUCAAAAGCGGGAAGCUGAAGCUAGAUUGCAAGAGAUAGAAAAGGAGAAGUAUAAACCAUUUGCUCGCGGCAGGGAUGACCCUGAUCUUGAUGCUAUGCUGAAGGAAAGACUUCGAUGGGGUGAUCCCAUGGCACAUUUAGUCAAGAAAAAGCAUUUGGAGCCAGUUCUUCCAGACUUAGGUGAUAACGAGAAGAUGAAAGAGUCCGGCUUCAUAAUUCCCCAGGAGAUCCCAAGUCACAGCUGGAUAAGAAGAGGACUGGAUGCGGCACCAAACCGCUAUGGGAUCAGACCAGGCAGACACUGGGAUGGUGUGGACCGCAGCAAUGGAUAUGAGAAGGAACUGUUUAAACGGAUGAAUGAAAAAAGAGCUACAGAGAGAGAAGCAUAUCUGUGGUCUGUUUCUGACAUGUGACUUUAUCAAGCAAUUCGGAUACUCUGACGAACAUAUGGUAGAUGCUCGACGUUUUAUCACAUAGAAUGUUAGCGGGGGAGCGUCCAUGGUCGAGUUUUCACUUUAAAGGCCUUUGGCGUUGCUUUUCUUUUAACUCUUACAGAUUGAGUUGACCAUGUUCCUUUAUUGCUUUAUAAAUCUUAAUGUGAAACGAGAAUAUGUUUGAAUUAA